GGUUCUCCAUCAUAGAUAUUCUUUUGUAUAUAGCAUUCCAAUUGAACCCAGCCUCUAAUCAUAGGCAACCGUUCCAUAUACUGGAUUUUUAUGAGCUUUAGUAGUGAAAACAACAGCUUGUUUAAGAGGAAAAGUUGAAUUCUGAAGAAACCCAGAUGGAAAUGAGUUUGAAUGGCCAUGAUUUUGGUGGCUGUGAAGGUGAAGAAGGGUUUUGAGGUUGUGCGUUGGAGUAACAUUGUUGGGGGAUUGUACUGUAGGGUUCUGGAUGAGCGAGUGUAAGUGAAAUUUUCGCUUUGUGGAAAUUGAAAUUGCCCGGACGUUGUUGAAAUUUUCACUCGGCGCAAUCGAAAUCACUGCCGGUGAAGAUGCAGAUGGAAAUUUUGGGGCAAAAUCUAUGGGUUCGCCUUAGGGUUUGUGGCUCCAUUUUGGGGGGAUUUCAUUUAACUGCACAGAAUCGAAGUUUCUAUCAAUUGUGAGGAAGAAGGUGCAUUUUAAUUUCUUAUUUAUGGGAAAGACGUGUUUGGUAAUUGCUGACUUGACUGUGAGUUGGCACUUCACUUAACAUUUUGAUCGAUUUAACUGGCGACGCCAUUUUUACUUCAUCCACGUAGGUGGAUCUACUAACUGAUUCCAUCCGGUGAGUGAUGGAAUGGGACCAAGCAAAGUUCAGUGGCUAAUGGUAUGGUUGAUGAAUUUCGGCGAUUAAGCUAUGAUAUGGUGCAAAAGUUUAGUGGCUAUUGAAACAUUUAACUCACUUUCUUAGCCUGAAUAUGGAGAGACAAGCAAGUGAAGAUAUACCAAUAGGCAAAGACCUUGUGCCACCUCUUCUGCCCCUAGCGGCCGCCCUCCACAAUUCAACCCUCCCCACCCACUGCGCCGCCUGUUUCUCCCCUCUGCCACCCCAACCAUUUGAACUUUUUACCCCACCGGUCUCCCAAAUUUCCCACCAUGUCCCGGAUGGCACUCCCACUCUUCUCUACUGUUCGCCACAAUGCUCUUCCCUUGAUUCUUCGCUCCACUUCUCCUCCGCAGAAGGGCAGCUGCUUUCCCAUCUCCACGAAAAGCCUUCCUCUGAGUUGCCAGAAUCCUCUGAUCUCCGCCUCUCCCUUCGCCUUCUUUACAAAUUUGAACAAGAGAAGGAUUUGCGAACAUUGUCAGGCUUAGAGAACAAUGAUAACCAUUGCCUGUUUCAAGAAACUGAUAAUAAAGAAGGUCCAGAUGAGUAUCUUGAGAUAAAAGAACAGCCUAACGUGGAUAUGGAAAAUUGGAAUCAAGAUAAUGGAGUUUGGGAGAGAAUUGCCGGUCUGAUGACCAACCGUGAAAGGUUGAUAUUUCAAGAAGAUAAGAAUGACCAUUUACAAGAAACUGGAAAUAGGGAGGACCUAGAUGAAAACGUGAAGAAUUCCAGUGAGAAGGACCCCUUUUUGAAGUGGAUAAGGAAUGGAGCAAAGCUGAUGGCAAUGGCUAGGAGGAUGCAAGGCGGUGACAUUAAUGUAAAUGUAGUGGCACCAGAGGAGUAUGUGGUGGAGGAGAUGGUUUUGUGUUUGGUGUUAACAAACGCUGUGGAGGUGCUAGACAAGAGUGGGUGCAAUGUAGGAGUUGCUGUUUAUGGAACCGUGUUUUCUUGGUUUAAUCAUAGUUGUUCUCCCAAUGCUUGGUACCGGUUUUUGACGGGGUCAGAGCAUACAGAUGACUUGGAGUCAAGGAUUUCUCUGUCUACGAUGGAAAAUGGAAAUGAGAUAUUAAUAGAAGGAAAAAAGGCAUAUGGCCCAAGAAUAAUAGUUAGGAGUAUUAAAGCUAUUAAAGAAGGAGAGGGCGUGACAAUUGCAUACACGGAUGUGUUUCAGCCUAAGGUUGGAUACAUAUUUAAGUAUAUCAUUUAACAAGCUACUUGUUUUUUGUAUUUUUAAUUUGUUUUUUUUCCCAAAUCUAUCACCCUACCACCACCACCCACCCCAACCUCCAAAAGUCCAUUUUCUAUUAUACAGUGGAGCAUCCAAAGUUUUGUGUGUGGAGAUUGCCAUGUUUGUUCAUCAAUAGUAGUGCAGAUUUUAAAAACCAAAAACAUGAUGUGAAUUAAUUUCACAAUCAUACAGGUAUCUAAGAAAUCAUUGAAGUUAAAUUACUAACAUAUGUUCACAUUAAUUGAAUUUUGGGUUAUGAAGAUUCUGAAUCCUCUUAUCAUUUCUCAGCUUUCUUAAACAUAGAGUGAUAUGACUUAUGAGCGACUCAAGGAUGAACAUCCUAACUGUCCAUAUUUUGGUAUCAUAGUUAAACACCUCUUCAAUAGCCCAUAUGGAGAUAAUGAAAAUUUUCUUGUUGAGGACAGUGUUCUUUUGUCUUUUCAAGAAGAAUUAAUUUGUGUAUUUGUUGUACUUAGAGGAUAUUUUUUAGGAUGUGAAUUUCAUGUCAGAGGUGUUGCUCUAGAGAUUUUACUAGCCACUAGAGAUAAUAGUCCCAUAGGGAGAUAGGUUUCAUUACCAUGCCUUGAAAAGGGAUGUUGCUUGUAUUGUUUCCCAAAAUAUAAUAUUUGUCAAUUAGGUAAGGCUAAGAAACAUUAUAUUGGUUUAUAUGCUCCUCUUCUUAGUCCACAUACCCCUUGGCUUGAUUCAGGGUGCUUAAAUUGUUGUCAUGAUCUUGUUUUGGUUGUUGUCUAUUGAUUUUCUCAGAAAUGACUUAUGUGUUCAUUGUUUG